AUGAUCUCCAAAAAUAAUUCGAAAUUAAAAGAUCAUUUUUUUGAACUCAAUAGUAAUUAAAGAGUUGAUUUACUAUUUCGAUUAUACAAUUUGUUAAAAAUCGUUUCCUUUAUAUUCAUUAUUUAUUAAUAUAUUUUUAACAUAAUUAUCAAUUAACAAAAUGGUUAUUUGAGUUGGAAUAUGUGGAGAGAGUAAUCCUGGGAAUAAAAUUUAAAAUUUAAUAAUUUAAUAUUGUUGUAGAUAAUUAAAUUAAAAUAGGAUUAUAAAUAGGAGAUGAAGAUAUUCCAAUUAGAAAUUAAUAUAGAGUUGAGGAAAUAUCAAAUUAAAUUCAAUAUACAUAAUGUAUAUGUAAAAUCAAAGAGACAUUCUUUCAAAUUGAUUAAAUCAAAAUCGAAAUAAAAUAGGAGUCAUUCUAAAAAAAUUUGAUUUUUGUUACUUUUGAUUCAGGGCCAUUUUUAUUUGAGAGUGAUAGAAUGUUAACGAUAUAGUUUGGAGAAAUAAGUUUGGCCAAAUCAAUCAGAUUACAAAGGAGAAUGGAUUAAUAACAAGGCUUGUUGAAAAGGGAAAUUAUUUCAUGCUGUUGGGAAUAUUUAUUUAGGUGAA